GCCGUGGUGGCCGUUCAGCUCUUCAAGGGCAAAUUCUUCUACUGCACCGACGAGUCCAAGGAGUUCGAGAAGGACUGCAGGGGGGAGUACCUGGUCUACGAGAAGAACGAGGUGAAGGCGCAGAGGAGGGAGUGGAAGAAAUACGACUUCCAUUACGACAACGUGCUCUGGGCGCUGCUCACCCUCUUCACCGUCUCCACCGGGGAGGGGUGGCCGCAGGUCCUGAAGCACUCGGUGGACGCCACCUACGAGAACCAGGGCCCCAGCCCCGGGUACCGCAUGGAGAUGUCCAUCUUCUACGUGGUUUACUUCGUCGUCUUCCCCUUCUUCUUCGUCAACAUCUUCGUGGCUUUGAUCAUCAUCACCUUCCAGGAGCAGGGGGACAAAAUGAUGGAGGAGUACAGCCUGGAGAAGAACGAGAGGGCGUGCAUCGACUUCGCCAUCAGCGCCAAGCCGCUGACCCGGCACAUGCCGCAGAACCGCCAGAGCUUCCAGUACCGCAUGUGGCAGUUCGUGGUGUCGCCGCCCUUCGAGUACACCAUCAUGGCCAUGAUCGCCCUCAACACCAUCGUCCUCAUGAUGAAGUUCUACGACGCCUCCGAUGCCUACGAGAACGUUCUCAAGAUGUUCAACAACGUCUUCACCUCCCUCUUCUCCCUCGAGUGUCUGCUGAAGAUUAUGGCCUUCGGGGUGCUGAAUUACUUCCGCGACGCGUGGAACGUCUUCGACUUCGUCACGGUGCUGGGCAGCAUCACAGACAUCCUGGUGACGGAGUUCGGGAACAACUUCAUCAACCUCAGCUUCCUGCGGCUGUUCCGCGCCGCGCGGCUCAUCAAGCUGCUGCGCCAGGGUUACACCAUCCGCAUCCUGCUCUGGACCUUCGUGCAGUCCUUCAAGGUGCCGCCCGUCUUUGGGAACAUCGGCAUCGAGGAGGAGGACGACGAGUCGGCCAUCACGCAGCACAACAACUUCCGCACCUUCUUCCAGGCCCUCAUGCUGCUCUUCAGGAGCGCCACGGGGGAGGCUUGGCAUGAGAUCAUGCUGUCGUGCCUGAGCGGCAAACCCUGCGACGAGAACUCGGGCAUCAAGGAGGAUGAGUGUGGCAAUGAGUUUGCCUACUUCUACUUCGUCUCCUUCAUCUUCCUCUGCUCCUUCCUGAUGCUGAACCUUUUCGUGGCCGUCAUCAUGGACAACUUCGAGUACCUGACGCGGGACUCCUCCAUCCUGGGCCCCCACCACCUGGACGAAUACGUGCGCGUUUGGGCCGAGUACGACCCC